CUCUUUGGCCGGCUGCCGAACGGAGUGAAGAUCAUCGCGGUGGAUAGACAGGGCCUCUGCUCUUCCUUGGGCCUCUUCGUCCAAGCAGGAAGCCGCUACGUCUCCGCCGAGGAGGCGUGUCUGCCUCACAUGCUCGAGCUGAUGGCGUUCCGGUCUUCGUCGCACCUGACGCAUCUCCGAACGCAGAAGACGCUCGAGCAGCUCGGGGCCGCUGCGUCUUGCCGAGUCGGCCGGGAGGAUGUCCUCUACCAGGUCGAUGUGCUGAGGGAGUAUGUGCCCGUGGCACUGCCCCUGAUGUUGGCCAACGUACUUUGCCCUCUGGUGCUUCCGGAGGAGGUCGCAGAGACUCAGCAACACGUUCCGGAGCUGCAGCAGAUGCUGGAGGAAAAGCCGGAGAGCUUUGUGGUGGAGCUGCUUCAUGUAGCCGCGUACCAAGGGAAUUCCCUCGGCUAUCCGCUCUACGCCACAGAGCAGGAGCACCUCAGCAAGACGGUGCUUCGAGGCGUCUCCUGCUUCCGCCAGCAGCUCUUGGACCAUGGCCUUCUUUUGGAGGAGAUGUCUCUGCUGGCAACCGGGAUGGAGCUGCAGCUCGUGGUGCUGCCGUUCCUCAAGGUCGAGACGCGGCGGAGGUCAGACUUGCAUCUCGCCGCAGCGGAGGAUCAGGUGGCCGAGAUGGAGGUGCUACUCCAGCAGCCCCAGGAUCCUGAUGUUGUGGAUGAGAUGGGCCGCUCUCCCCUGCACAUCGCUGCCUGGUGCGGCAAUGUGGAAUGUGCUUCCCUGCUAGUGGAGGCCUUAGCAAACGUGGACCACAGUGACCCUGACGGUGCCACAGCAUUGCUUGCAGCAUCUCACCAGGGCCACACGGAGGUUGUGCGGUUCUUGCUUCAGUGCUCUGCAGAAGUGGCGAAGGCCGAGACCGAGGGCGCCAGCCCACUUUUUGUCGCUCGCUGCCUGCUGGACGGGCGGGCCGACCUACACCAGACCCUGACCAACGGCGUCUCGCCCCUGGCCUCGGCAGCACACAAAGGCCACAUGCAGGUGACGGAUCUUCUGAUCCAGGCUUGGAUGUUCAAGGACUUGAUGGACUUGGCUCUGUGGGUAGGCGGGCCAAGGCCCUUCUGGAUGGUCUUGCGGGCCGAAUCGAGGGCUUUGAAUGCUCGUGCGGAUCGUGUGGCACGUUCUUGUGCUGAGCGGCGCCUAGUUGGGCGGCGGAUGGUCGGCUACGACUUCGGCAUCGUGCUGGCCACUACAAAUUCCAAUUCACAUUCUGAGAUCGUCCGCUUGUUGCUGGAGGCCAGGGUGGUGGUGGACCGUGCCAGCAGGGAUGGUGCGACGCCCCUGAUCAUUGCGGUUGAGAAAGGCUGCAUGGAAACUACUCUGCUGCUCCUGCAAUCUCAGGCAGACCCUCGCAAAGCCACAGCUACGGGAGCAACCCCGCUGCUCGCAGCAUCCCUCUACGGCCACAAGGAGAUCUUGCGCUUGCUGGUCGCAUCGUGUCGCGAGAGUGACGUCUCUCGGAGCCUCUCGCCCAGCACAUCUCCCCUUCCCAAGACACAACGGGGUCCCAGGCAAAGUUCCGGGGAGCUCCUGGAAGCCUUCGAAGACCGGAGGCCGAAGAAUCUCGAAGACUUUGACAAGCGAUGGCAACAAAAAGCUGACUGCCGCGGAAACGGACCUGCGCUCGCCACCGGAUCCCCUAGAAGCUGCUACCCCACGGCCGCAUCCUGGCAGAAGCAUGGUGUGGUCCGGCAAAUACUUCUGAACGGUGAGCUCCCCGGGGCUUCCCCCCUCUCCUGUAAGAUCAGCUCGAAGCCGAGAUCCACCGUCGAGGAGUUCCAGCGAUCCACUGCUGCCACGCCUGCCAGCAGAGAGGGCAAAAGAGACGGCAAGAAGGAGGCUACGUCCCAAGAGGCCGAAGAAGCCGUGGAUGAUGCGCAGAUGCGAAAGUCUGCGAGCAUGAAAUCCCUUGCAUCGGUGCAGUCGCCGACAUCACCGAAGUCGCUCAUGUCCACCAUGACGUCCUUGAAGUCUCUCAAGUCCAUGAAGUCGAUGGCGUCUCACGUCUCUGUGUCCUCCGCAGCUAGCGCGGACGCCGACACGACGGCCUCUUCUGCAGCUCUUGGGGACACAGCGGACCUCUCCGGUAGUGCAUCGCCGAAGCCGACGCCUGCGUUUACUUCCCAAGGCCAGGAUGAGGGCAACUUCUGCGAGACAGCACGGGCACUCUUCGGCCGCUUCAUGCAUCCCAACAACAUCGAGACGCCGGAAGCAGGCCACUACCGCGUCUCUCACAGCUUCACCAAAGUGCGCUCCCCGCUCUGGGAGUUCGGUGCCAGGUCGAAGCACAUCCCGAGGAAGCAGCGAGAAGCGGACUCUGGAAUGGAGCUUGGGGAGACUUGGUCCAGCUUCUCUAAGGCGUACGAGCCUGGGCUGCGCGACGGCUACCUGAAGCUGGCCACCUCGAGGCCAGAGCCUGCAGACGCCUGCCACUAUGGCAUGACCUUCGCACCGGAGCACUACGGGGCGUGGGCCACUCUGGAUGCUGCUGCCUCGUCGUCAGCUCGGCAACCCGCGUGGGACUUCAAGAGACACAUGCAUGGGCAUACUGCAGACUUUGCCAUGAACUUCCCGUUUUUCGAGCCGGGAAAAUACAACGUCAAGGAUCAGUACACCUGCGUCGGCAUGCCCUUUUCCAAGGGGCUCAGCCGCUCGCAGUCGGCGGGAGAGGUUUCACAG